AAUGGAAACGUUUAAAGCUGACUCUUCAUCAUUUCCAAACUGAUGACGGCACCUCACUAUCACUAAAACAACCAAAUUAUUUUUAUAGAAAAUAAAAAGAAAAAAGAAAGAACUUUAUCGAAACUGGAUCCGAACCCGAAUCCUACGGAAAAGAGUAGGAAGGCAGAUCCAUUUGCUUACCCUUCUAACCUCUAAUCUAAAAAUGGAUGAGCAGCGGCGGCAGCAGCAGCAGCAAGUGAAAGUAGAAGAGGAGGAUCGGAGCAGUAGCAGUGAUAGCGGAGACUACACGUCGGAAGACGAAGGAACCGAAGAUUACAGGCGCGGCGGCUACCAUGCUGUUCGAAUCGGAGACAGUUUCAAGAACGGACGAUAUGUCGUUCAGAGUAAGCUUGGUUGGGGUCAUUUCUCCACCGUCUGGCUCGCUUGGGACACUCAAAUUUCCCGAUAUGUAGCUCUCAAGGUACAAAAAAGUGCUCAGCACUACACCGAGGCAGCCAUGGAUGAGAUAACCAUCUUGCAGCAGAUUGCAGAUGGAGACCCUGAUGAUAAAAAAUGCGUUGUAAAGCUUUUGGAUCAUUUUAAACAUUCGGGUCCGAAUGGUCAGCAUGUUUGUAUGGUUUUCGAGUACCUGGGGGAUAAUCUUUUGACCUUCAUCAAAUAUUCUGAUUACCGGGGACUGCCUAUUCACAAGGUUAAGGAGAUAUGUUUCAAUGUCUUAGUGGGUUUGGAUUACUUACACAGACAGCUUUCUAUCAUUCACACUGAUCUGAAGCCAGAGAACAUAUUGCUAUUAACAAUGAUUGACCCAUCAAAGGAUCCUAGAAAAUCUGGUGCUCCUCUUAUUCUUCCGAAUAGUAAGGAUAAGUCUGCAUUGGAGUCUGGGAUUGCAAGAUUAAAUGGAGACUUGUCUAGGAAUCAGAAGAAAAAGAUUCGAAGAAAGGCUAAGCGAGCAGCUCAGGGGUGUGUGGAGAAGGAAGCGGAUGCAGAUCCUGAAACAUCUGCUUUGGAAGAGUUGUCAGCUAAUGCAAAAUUAAAUGAGGGUUCUACUGAGGAGCAGCCUACUAGUUCAGAAAAUGCAAAUAGAUUUUCUGAUGUUGAUCGAACAAGGGGCACUGGAUUGGGAAAUCAGGGCACUAAGAGGGGGAGCCGUUCCAACAGGCAGAACUUGUUGGCCUCAGUUGACCUGAAGUGCAAGUUGGUGGACUUUGGGAAUGCAUGCUGGACGUACAAACAGUUUACGAAUGACAUUCAAACUAGGCAGUACCGUUGUCCAGAGGUGAUCCUUGGAUCCAAAUAUUCUACAUCUGCAGAUAUGUGGUCCUUUGCUUGCAUUUGUUUUGAGCUGGCAACUGGUGAUGUACUUUUUGACCCUCACAGCGGUGACAACUUCGACAGGGAUGAGGACCACUUAGCAUUGAUGAUGGAGCUUCUUGGAAUGAUGCCGCGGAAGAUUGCCUUAGGUGGCCGCUAUUCCCGGGACUUCUUUAAUAGAUAUGGUGAUCUGCGGCACAUACGAAGGUUGCGUUUCUGGCCCUUGAAUAAGGUUCUCAUGGAGAAGUAUGAAUUUAGUGAGAAAGAUGCAAAUGAAAUGACAGAAUUCUUGAUUCCUAUCCUUGAUUUUGUCCCUGAGAAGCGGCCGACUGCAGCUCAGUGUCUUCUUCAUCCAUGGAUUAAUGCAGGCCCUAAUGUUUUAGAACAGUCUGGUCAAAACCAAGCUUUAGAAAGUCUAAAUUCAGAGAAAAAGAAGAGGGAGAAAGAUGAGAGGGAGGCAAUGGAGAUUGGACUGGGGAAUAUAGCUAUCAAUGUAGAAUCUAAAGGAGUUAAAGAUCCUACUUCCAGUAAUGUAAAGCUAUCCCAAGCAACUACAAGCAGUUCAUCUAGAUAACAAUCUGGCGUAUGCAAAUAGCAACUUGGUCCCUCUCAACCGUCCCUGUGGAGUUGUCUGCAAUAGCAGCUGGCAAUCUUGCAAGGCAUAAUUACUUCCUAUGAUGAUUUUGCAUCCAUUUUUCAAUCUUGAUGGGCAUUGGAAUGUGGUUAUGGGAUUGGACGGAGCAUUGGCUUGAGAAGAAUACAUCUCCAGAAAGAAUUCUCUUUUGAGCACAACCGGAGGAGUGCAUGUGCCUUCUUCAACCACUGAACACCAUAGGCCAGCAACUAUUGCUUCUUACGAACUCCUGCAUGUGAUGUUGUUAAUUUAUGCGAUUCAUGUACUCGAUGGCUGACAUCUUUGAUACCACUACAACUAUUAAUACAUUACUUAAAUCCUUCACAUUUUUUAA